AUGACGGCGAGGAGCAGCCCCAGCUUGCCGACCUACAAGGGCAAGGGCAAAGCUCCCAUGCGCCUCCAGGAAGAAAGGAAACACCAGUUCCAACUCCCAGACGCCAAUGGAUGGCACCGCCUCGACCUCCCAAUCAAGCGUGAACGACGACAAGAAACUCACUCAUGCCUCCUACGCCACCGCUCUGCAAGGCGCCAAAGCACCACAGCCAGGCACCUCUUCCGCAGAAGCUGUGGUGGGCCUUCUCUUCAAGAGAGGCUUCCCUACCCCACCUCCCAGAACAACAAGAUCCAAGACGAGCAGAACUUCGGCAACGCACCUUCGGAUGUUGAUGCCAACGACUUCUACACUGCUCGCUUGGAGAGCGCCAAGUGGCAGUUUUAG